CACAACUAAAGAACAGCAAGAAAUCAGGAGUCCAAAUUUUACUGUACCUGGUCAAGAAUUGCUGUCUAAAUCUCAUCUUCAUGAACACCUGAUUUUGGAAAACUCUUCAAGCAAUUUACUAGUUUCAGGACAGCCACUUCAUAAAGCUUCUGCUACAAGAAAUGAAAAGAUGAGGCACUUGAUUACUACAGGCAGAUCAACCAAAGUCUUUGUCCCACCUUUCAAAACGAAAUCACAUUUUCAUGGGGAGGAACAUUGUAUUAGCAAGAACGUUAAUUUGGAGAAGAACAAACAAAAACAAAAAAACAUAGAUGAAUAUGGUUCCAGAGAUAGUAACAAUAUUGACAGUGAGAUUCAUCAGUUUAACAAAAAUGAUAUAAUUACAAGCCUUCAAAAUGCCAGAGAUAUACAGGAUGCUCGAAUUAAAGAGAAAGAAAGGCAACAGAUCUAUCCACAGCCAGGCAGUCUAUAUCUAGCAAAAACAUCCACUCUGCCUCGAAUCUCUCUGAAAGCAGCUGUAGGAGGCCGAAUUCCCUCUGCAUGUUCUCACAAACAGCUUUAUAUGUAUGGCGUUUCUAAACAUUGCAUAAAAAUUAACAGCAAAAAUGCCGAGUCUUUUCAGUUUCACACUCAGGAUUAUUUUGGUAAGGAAGAUUUAUGUGGAAAGGGAAUUCAGUUGGCCGAUGGUGGAUGGCUUAUACCCUCCAACGAUGGAAAGGCCGGAAAAGAAGAAUUUUAUAGGGCUCUGUGUGACACUCCAGGUGUGGAUCCAAAGCUUAUUUCUAGAGUUUGGGUUUAUAAUCACUACAGAUGGAUUAUAUGGAAACUGGCAGCUAUGGAAUUUGCUUUUCCUAAGGAAUUUGCUAAUAGAUGCCUAAGCCCAGAAAGGGUGCUUCUUCAACUAAAAUACAGAUAUGAUGUGGAAAUUGAUAGAAGCAGAAGAUCAGCUAUAAAAAAGAUAAUGGAAAUGGAUGAUACACCUGCAAAAACACUUGUUCUCUGUGUUUCUGAUAUCAUUUCAUUGAGCACAAGUAUAUCUGAAGCUUGUAGCAAUCAAACUAGUGGUGUGGACACUAAAAAUGUGGCCACAAUUGAACUUACAGAUGGAUGGUAUGCUGUCAAGGCCCUGUUAGACCCUCCACUCUUAGCUUUGUUAAAAAGUGGGAGGCUGACUGUGGGUAAGAAGAUCAUUAUGCAUGGAGCAGAACUGGUCGGUUCUCCUGGUCCCUGUGCACCUCUGGAAGCCCCAGAUUCUCUUAUGUUGAAGAUCUCAGCUAAUAGUACUCGGCCUGCCUGCUGGUACACCAAACUCGGAUUCUUUCCUGAUCCUAGACCUUUCCCAUUGCCCUUGUCAUCACUGUUCAGUGACGGAGGAAACAUUGGUUGUAGUGACAUCAUUGUUCAAAGAGUGUACCCAAUACAGUGGAUAGAGAAGACACCAUCCGGAUUAUACAUAUUUCGAAAUGAAAGAGAAGAAGAAAAGGAAGCAACAAAGUUUGCAGAGGCACAACAAAACAAACUGGAAGCCUUAUUCACUAAAAUUCAAGCAGCAUUUGAAGAGCAUGAAGAAAAAACAAAUCCAUAUAUGCCAUCACGUGCACUAACAAGGCAGCAAGUCCGUGCUCUGCAGGAUGGUGCAGAACUUUAUGAAGCAGUGAAGAAUGCAUCAGACCCAGAUUACCUUGAGGCUUGUUUCAGUGAAGAGCAGUUAAGAGCCUUGAAUAAGCACAGACAAAUGUUGAAUGAUAAGAAACAAGCACAGAUCCAGUUGGAAUUCCAGAAGGCUAUGGAAUCUGCUGAACAAGGGGAACAAGGUUUAUCAAGGGAAGUUACAACUGUGUGGAAGUUGCGCAUUGUAAGCUACGGGAAAAAAGAAAAAGAUUCGGUUAUAUUGAGUAUUUGGCGUCCAUCAUCAGAUUUAUGUUCCCUAUUAACAGAAGGAAAGAGAUAUAGAAUCUAUCAUCUUGCAACAUCAAAAUCUAAAAGUAAAUCUGAAAGAGUUAACAUACAGUUAGCAGCAACCAAAAGAACUCAGUAUCAACAACUACCGGCAUUGGAUGAAAUCUUAUUCCAGAGUUACCAGCCAAGGGAGCCCCUUCAUUUCAGCAGACUCUUAGACCCAGACUUUCAGCCACCUUGUUCUGAAGUGGACCUAAUAGGAUUUGUAGUUUCUGUUGUGAAAAACACAGGUCUUGCUCCUUUAGUAUAUUUGUCAGAUGAAUACCAUAAUUUAUUGGCAAUAAAGUUUUGGAUAGAUCUUAAUGAAGACAUUAUUAAACCUCGUAUAUUGAUUGCUGCAAGCAACCUGCAGUGGCGACCAGAAUCCAAAUCAGGAAUUCCUACUUUAUUUGCUGGAGAUUUUUCCAUGUUUUCUGCCAGUCUAAAAGAAGGCCACUUUCAAGAGAGAUUCAACAAAAUUAAGAAUACUAUCAAGAAUAUUGAUACAUUUUGCAGUGAUGCAGAACAGAAGCUUAUGCAUCUGCUUAAUGCAAAUGAUCCCAAGUGGUCCACCCCACCUAAAGACUGCAAGUCAGAGCCAUGCACUGCUUACACAGUCCAUAGUACAGAAAAUAAGUUUCUGAAGUCUUCUAAUAAUGAGCAAAAUCAUCAGGGUCCUUUAUUGCUUUGUACACCAAAAGGGAAGUCUGUGCCCACACCUGUAUCAGCCCAAAUGACUUCAAAGUCUUGCUGUAAAGCAGAGAAAGGGAUUGAUGACCCAAAAAACUGCAAAAGAAGAAGAGCCUUGGAUUUCCUGAGUCGACUGCCUUUACAUCCCCCUGUUAGUCCCAUUUGUACAUUUGUUUCUCCAGCUGCACAGAAGGCAUUUCAGCCACCACGGAGUUGUGGCACCAAAUACGAAACACCUACAAAGGAAAAAGAACUGAAUGCUCCUCAGAAGACUCCACUUAAAAAAGUCAAUGAAAUUUCUCUUUUGGAACGUGAUUCAAUAGCUGACGAAGAACUUGCAUUGCUAAAUACACAAGCCCUUGUGUCUAGUUCAGCAGGAGAAGAUCAACUUCUGUCUCUCAGUGAGUCCAGGAGUACUUUGCCCACCAGUUCAAAAGAAGAUCUCAGACAAGAGAAGUCCCAAGCUAUCACAGAAGAAUGUGGGACCAAGAUGCAGGACUCAGAUAUAAUAAAGAUUACAUCAAAGAGAGUGCAAAGGCGACAAAAAUGA